GUUGGAGUAGUGUAGUAGACCUGUUGACAACAUAUUUUGUUCAUUAAAUUAUUGAACAAUAAGAAUAAAUAUAACGCAAUCAUUCUGGUUUACAGUGUCAUGAUUUCUAUUUGCAACUGGCAUAUGCUUAUUUGGAUUACAGCCGCAUACGGCGUAAUAACUCACGGUAGUCACCAAAAAAGGACCGAUACCUCCGAUUCUAUGUCAUCACAGAUUUAUGCAAAUGUCACGUAUAAAGUGAACAAAAAUUCUGGUGAUUUCGUCCGUGUUGCCGAACCUUUAUCCAGUGUAAAGUUACAAAAAUUAAACUUCAAUUUUGAUAAUCAAGAUACCCGAGAUUCUGAAGUAUUUGGUAUAACAAAAAAGGGUGGAAUAGUAUUUAUCAAGAAUGCGGAACUUCUACGAACAUUUAAUUAUUCGCAAUUUACGCUGAAAAUAAGUUAUGGCAAAAAUAAAAAAACAGAAAUAAUUAUAGAACUUGACAAUCUACCAGAUGAACAAUGCAAGAAAACAUCACACUGUUCUGAUAUUCAUUUAGACACAAAAUCGGAAUGCACAUCGUCAUGUGGAAUAGGAACUAUCUCAAAAUGCCAAUGGAGAGAAUCAUCAAACCCCGAUAUACUCACUGCGACUUAUUCAACUUGUACCCCGGAUAUCAACACUUGUCCAGAUGGAAAUUGUGACAGCCUGGAAAAAAUGAACCACUUAAUAUGCCCACAAGACUGUACCAAUGAAGUAUUUGGCACCGGAAAAGAAGGUAUAACUACAGGGAUUUCGGCAGCUAAAGGCGUUUGUACGUGUGACGAAAUUGGAAAAUGUACGUGUGAAACAAAACUCCCCACAGGACCGUCGAAAAGUCAAAAAAUUCAAAAUGAGUCCGUUAUACUAGCACAUACCCCAAUAAAUGAUGAACAAGACACGUGCGGAAAUUGGUGCGACAGCAAUGUUAAUACGAGCAUAAUAAUAGUAGUAGCGUUUGUAACAACUGGACUUGUUAUGUACUGUUGCAGAAAUAGAAUCGUAUGGAUUUUGGGUGGUAAUAAAACGAAUAGGAACGUCAGAACACUCGAGGAACUGUUGCCAAACUACGAUCAAGAUGAAUAUCAACGGAACCCAAUACCGAACAGAGAUACUUUUACUAUUAAUGCUGACUUUGACCCUAAAUGGGAAUUUCCAAGAAGUAGACUUAUUCUGGAGCAGGUGAUUGGCGAAGGAGAAUUUGGUAAAGUUCUAAAAGCUCAAGCUAUAGAUAUUCCUGGUACAAAAGGCAUGUCAACGGUCGCCGUAAAAACAAUAAAAAACGAUGCGGGAAAAACCGAAAAGGAUGAUUUGUUGUCAGAGUACAACUUGUUAAAAGACGUUAAUCAUCCAAAUGUAGUUAAAUUGCUUGGAGCUUGUACUACUCAAGAAGGACCAUUUUACCUUAUAAUUGAAUAUGCCAAAUACGGUUCGCUUAGAUCAUACCUCCGAAAGAGUAGAAUCCUAGACAACAAUACAAAUGGCCUUGUUUCCAAUACGGCAGGAAAUUUCCAGCAAAACGAAAGCCUGGUAUCUAUGGCAUUUCCACUUUACCCGAUCAGUCCAAGAGAUAUUUUAAAAUUUGCCUGGCAAAUAUCCAAGGGAAUGGCUUAUCUUGCAGAACUAAAAUUAGUUCAUAGAGAUCUGGCUGCAAGAAACGUUCUAGUUACUGAAGAUAAAGUAUGUAAAAUAUCUGACUUCGGCCUGACCAGAGAUGUUUAUGAGGAUAAUGCUUAUUUCAAAAAAACGAAAGGAAGGGUCCCAGUGAAAUGGAUGGCGCCAGAAUCAUUAGCAGAUCAUAUAUACACGAGUAGAUCAGAUGUUUGGAGUUUUGGAAUCUUACUUUGGGAAUUAGUCACUUUAGGAGCAGUUCCAUAUCCUGGAAUAGUUGUUCAAGAUUUAUUUAAACUAUUGAAAGAAGGAUACCGAAUGGAUAAACCAAAUAACUGUUCAGUUGAAUUGUAUGAUAUAAUGAACAACUGUUGGGCAGAAGACCAAUACAGAAGACCCAGUUUUAAAUCAUUAACAACGUCGCUAGAAGAAAUGUUGGAAAAAGGAAACGAUUACUUAAAAUUGGAUUUCAAACAAAUUGUCAACAACUUGUGUUACUUUAUGGAUGAUGAGGAGCUAGCAAAUCACAAUCAAACUACAGCUGAAAAUAUGGAGGAAGAAGUGAAAUAUGAAAUUCCUAAACCUGUUAACGAAAUUGGAAUGGCAUAUGUAACGAUGAAAGAUUUUACAUUUGAUCCGGAACAGCAACAAGCACAAGUUGUGUGAGGUUUUUUAAGAAUAUAAUUUUGUGCCAAAUGAGAGUUACCCAAAUACUAGUCAAAUAUUAAAUAAUUUAAUAUUAUUAAAAUUUAAAAGGAGAACCUAUCGGUUAUCAAUACAUUUUACAUACGAACAUAUUAUUAUUUAAUCCAACAAAUUUAAAUUACAUAUUAUGCUUCCAAUAACCAAUUGUAAAUUUACUGAAGUAUGUUUAAUUGUAAAAAAUCAUUAUUUGUAAUACAAACAUAUUAACUAUAGGUAUAAUUUUAAUUAGG